UGCAUUGACGUCAGAGGAGGGAGAGAGCGCUCGAGCGCUAGAGCAGAAGUGAGCGCGAGCACUGCGGAGCGACGCGCGCACCACUACAUGCCUCGUCCUGGUCGGACAGUGGGCAUCAUUUAUUGAUAAAAACAACAGCGAGCAGACGUGUGAAGAUAUUGGGAAGCGAAUAUUUUGUUUAGCCUCCAGAAAUAUACACAAGGGGAAGCUGAGAGUAUUUCCAACGGAUGCUCGUUUACAUAGACGCAUGAAACGCUGCCUACCACUUUAUAUGGUGAUGUCUCAGUAGAGUCCCAGUUUCCUUCAGCUCCCUUACGUAAAAGAGCCCAGCCCUGCAACUGUACCUCCACUGCUUGAUCCAAAAUGUCUGCCACCAAAAGCGGUUAUGAGGGCAAGAUAGCCGGCCUAUACGAUCUAGACCGCACACUGGGCAAAGGUCAUUUCGCCGUGGUCAAACUAGCCCGUCACGUAUUCACGGGCCAACUAGUAGCAGUCAAAGUCAUUGACAAGACCAAGCUUGACGAUUUAGCAACUGGCCACUUGCUACAAGAAGUCCGUUGCAUGAAACUCGUCCAGCACCCCAAUGUAGUGCGACUGUAUGAGGUCAUCGAUACACAGACCAAGCUCUACCUCAUCCUAGAGCUGGGCGACGGAGGUGACAUGUACGAUUACAUCUUGCGUCACGAAGGCGGGGUGGCCGAAGUCACGGCGAAAGUGCACUUUGCGCAGAUCGUACGAGCGAUAGCCUACUGCCAUCGUCUGCAUGUUGUCCACAGAGAUCUGAAGCCGGAGAAUGUGGUGUUCUUCAGGCAGCAAGGGACGGUGAAGCUAACAGAUUUUGGCUUUAGUAACCACUUUAAGCCUGGGACAAUGUUGAUGACCAGCUGUGGUUCACUAGCAUAUUCUGCCCCAGAAAUACUGCUAGGCGAAGAGUAUGAUGCUCCUGCAGUAGAUAUCUGGUCACUGGGUGUAAUCCUCUAUAUGCUAGUGUGUGGACAACCACCCUUUCAGGAGGCCAACGACAGCGAGACCCUCAUCAUGAUCAUGGACUGUCGUUACACUGUGCCCAACCACAUCUCUCCAGAAUGCAAAGAUUUGAUUUCACGUAUGCUGCAGAGGGAUCCUGCUAAGCGGGCGUCUCUCACAGAGAUAGAGGGCCACCCUUGGUUGCAAGGUGUUGACCCUUCGCCUGCCGGAUACACAGCCGCCCCGCUUACCUCUCACCGCAGUUUGUUACCCGAAGAGCAUGAGUUCAUACUUCAGGCCAUGACCAGUGGCAGCAUCGCUGACCGAGAUGCCAUCCAGGAAGCUUUGGAGGCUGACCGAUAUAACCACAUCACAGCCACGUACUACUUGCUGGGAGAGCGACUCCUUCGAGAAAAGCAAGAGCAGUCAAGUCUCACUCCUGAACAAAGACAUACACAGAGACCCAUGUCGGACCCACUGGACUUGGUGAGCCAAGUGCCCGGGACUGAUACACUAAGAGGAGCACCUAUGGGUCCCUUAGCGCCUCUUGGCUCUCUGUCUUCCGGCUAUGUCCGACGUGGUGUGAGCGAGUCUGGGGACCUGCUGGCUCCCAAACCCAACCGCCAUGACAACUCCUUCAGUGACUUUUGCAGCACAGCUCCAUGCUUGAGCCUCAAUUUGCGCCCUCUACCUCCAGACCAACCUACUGUCAAGAGCCUUGGAGCCUUACAGCAGAUCUGUGAGGAGGAAGAGGAAGAAGAGGACGAUGAAAAGGAGCAGAACAAAGAUGAGGUGAAGCUUGAGGUGGCACCUGGUAAACUGGGUCUGCUUCCUUCGACAGAUCUAUCAUUGAAACCUUCUAGAAUAUCUUUGCAAUCAGAGACUCAGAGGAGAACAGGGAUGCCGUCAAGUAAGGUGAUGGGAAACUGUGAAACUCUGGCCGAGGAGGAGGAACUUGAUGAACGAUCGGAAUCAACAGAAGAGCAAAAGAAGCCUUCAGAAUUAGUCUCUAACGUCUCUUCUGGCACCAUAGAACAUCAGGUAGAGAUGCCCUUGAAGACUGAAGCCCAUGUGGAAGAGUUCAACCACACAGAACAACCAGGUAGAGGAAGGGGCAAGGAUGUUUUCACCCACCCUAGCUUGUCUUUAGAUGAGCAAGAGGGAGAACAGAUUCAAGAUCCAAAUAUAGACGGACCUCCACCAGCUCCCACAUUAGAUGUUGUACAGUGCUGCUGGGGACAGCGUGAACCUUCAAAGGACACACUAGAAAAUAACAAUAAUACCCUAGCCAAAUCUCGACUGCUCGAGGUUGGGGUGGUGUCAACACCUUGUGGUUCCCCGAGGUCCCUGCCAAGGAACCACUGUGUGGACCCGGGUCCCGAUGGGGUGGAGAUGCGUAAGACUGAGGCUGAAGUCGAGAAAACUGAGGAGGUACAACCUAAACCUCAGAAAGGCCUCCAGGGAACCAGGGACACAAGUACUGACUCUGCUAUUCGGGCCGAUCCCAGCAAGGUCAAGAACGUGAACUUGCGAGAACGUCUGCUACAGUUCCCGCUCUGUGAGAAAGCCUUGUCCUUCAACAUCCAGCCCACCUCUAAAGAGAAGCUUCUACCAUUUGCACAGUACAACUGUUGCCAUGUCUUGUAGAGAUUGGAUCUCGAGAUCAAAGAACAAACUGGCAUGAGAAGCCCUCAAAUAUCUGCAACUUACUGGACACUAAAAGAAUAAGUGUGUUCUCACCUCAUACUGUAACCUCAGAGGUGCUUUCCCACACAAUCUACUAAUUGUAUAUUAUUAUUUUCUUUCCCUACCCAGCAUUCAUUGCUGCUUUCCUGUAAGACAGUUAACCUUUUGGCAAUGCUGUGUAUAUGAACACCUGUAUCUACUGACACUGCUCACUAUAUUCUGUGCUAUCUCAGAGAAUUUUAUUAGAAGUAGCAUAUGUCUUGCUAGCGUAGAAGCUUUAAUUCAAUAACUUGUCAUUUUGCACUGUAAUAUCUUAACCACAUUAAGUGUACCACAGAGUUUAGUGAUAUCACUAAACGAGUGACUGAGUGACCAUUCUUCACAGUGACACAGAAAAAGGCUACACAAGAACAUACGGUGAACAAUCACAAUAGAGGCCAUUUAGGCUCAAGGACUAGCCACUUAGUCAGUACAGUAGUCCUAACAAGUUUUUAGUCAUUCAUUUGUGUUGUUUUUGCCGGUGACUGUGAGGCAACGUUCUUAACUCGCAGAACUUUGAAGAAGUUGCAUUCUGUGGCAUUGAUGAAGUUGCUAAUUCUCGUGCUAGCAUGUUAGCUUGCAUCUUUACUGUCAGGCAGUGGGACAGGAAGCAGAACAGUUUGCCACAUUGAUACAGUGAACAGUGACAGUUUGGGAGCAUGGUUAUGAAAGCAUGCUAAAUGAGCACAGCUUAGCAUAACAUUAGCAUUUUGUGAGCUGGGGGACUGACUAGGGAAAGAUGCUAAGUAUAUCUGUGAUAUAUUUACAAAAAAAAAAAACAGAGAGGGCUCGAACAGAGAUUAUUCUGAGAGAUUAUAGCUAGAGACUUUUUGUGAAACGGACAUAAUGUUACACAAAAACAGAAGACUGGUCUUCCUAGAGCAGUAUUUUGGAGUUUGUUUUAAAACUGCUAAUUCUUGGAAAUAUUAUGAAGCUUUUAUCAAAUAUUAGAGAGUUAUCAAGGGUUUUUUAGAAAGAUGGUGACAAAGACAUCAUAUCUUUUUUUUCUUUUACAUAAGGAGAUAUGUGAGGGAGAUUAAUUACAUAACAUUGAACAUCUGUUUUUGUUUAAUCAUUUGCCUUUGGGUACAUUUUUAACAUAUGUUGUAUGUAUGGGUAUAAGCUCUUUGAAAUAUCCAUAUAUUAUGUACAGUGUAUAUAUAUUUUUUGAACAUUAUGCUAUUGGUAUGAUGUUGUAUUUUGACCCUUGCACCGUAUCCAUACAAACAUUUCAAACCCUCCAUUUUAGAUCGUAUUCAGUGAACGUAGCAACUUUUAUGACACUAGUUUGAUGAUCGACAGAGAUCAUAUAGAUCAUAAAUACAUUUGAAGAGCUGUAUGAUAUCAUAAAGCUAAAUUGCGUAGCUGAGCCUAGCUUAAAAUGUACAUUGAGAAAAUCCAGCCUUCGUAUGUUGCAAUGGCAUGAGUGAAGCUAGCGGUUACUGUUGUUUUUACCUCCUAAACAGCCUAAACACGAUCACAUAAACAUUUAGAUAGCAGGUGUGACUGUGGUUACUGUUACUUUGGUACUCUAAAGGACGUCAAAGUUAUUCAGUCACUUCACAUGUUCGUAAGUUUCUGUGCUAUACAUAGUACACCUGUCACUGGUGAAUUAAUUAUUUUUUGUCAUACUGUAGUCAAUGUAAAUGCAAAUGUCGAAUAGGCCUAUACUUUUUUUUUUUUUCUUUUUUUUUUGCAAUAUCUUGGACCACGAAUAAGCUUGACCAAAUGCACAAGAAUAGAUGUAAUAAUGUAAAAGGUGCUUUGGGGAGAGAUGUCGAGGGUUAAAUUACAUCUAUGUAACGUGAAAUUUGAAUUUUAAUUCCCAUACAAAGUUUAAACUAGGAACAACCAUCCUGACCUGCGAUGUUUUGUAAGUACAACCUUCUGAACCAAUCGGAUGGCAGAGCGAUAUAAAAGCCAGACGUGCAUUAUAUUUUCGUAAUCAGCCUUUUUUUUCUUAUUAUUUUGAUGUUACUCAUUUGACAUGGGUCUCCAUCCUUCAAAGAAUCUGUAAUCACUUCACAACAGUUGGAUUUUGGUUUGUCUAUAGUCCCAUUGACCCUUACUAAAACUAUGACUGUCUCAAUGAGAUUAAUUUAUUUUUAUAUUUAUUUAUUAAAACUGAUUAAACUGC